AUGGCCCCUAUCACCAAGACUCUCGCCCUCGCUGGCGCUUUCUUCGCCAUGACCGGCUAUGCCGCUCCCGUCGCCAAGCGCGCCGUCGUGUGGGAGACCGUUACCGACGUUGUCUGGACCACUGUCGAUGUCACCACCACUGUAUACCCUAACCAGGCUCCCACCGCCACUGUCGUUCCUGUGGCCACCACCGCAGUCCCUACCGCUGCUGCCGCUGUUGUGACCUCCACCGAGACUCCCGCCGAAACCCCCACUGAGACUCCCAUUGAGACUCCCGUUGAGACCCCCGUUGAGACCCCGGCCGAGAAGAAGAAGGCCGCGCCAACAACCAGCACCAGCACCACCGAGGCCGCUCCGGCCCCCACCGCUGAGGUCGAAGCUUCCAUCGCUGUCCCAGCUCCCACUGCGGAGUCCUCCGCCCCGGCUCCCGCCCAAACCACCUCCACCUCCAGCGCUGCUGCUGCCAACACCCGCUCUGCCAACAUCCAGAGCACCGCCAGCACUGGAUACACUGGUGCUUGCUCCGAGGGCUCCCCAUGUGAUGGCAUGAUUACCUUCUACGACACUGCCACCACUUCCACCAACCCCAGCUCUUGCGGUACCACCAACGACGGCGCGUCCGAGAACGUCCUCGCCCUCCCCGUCGGCAUCAUGAAGGACGGUGACUGCGGCAAGACCGUGACAAUCACCUACAACGGCCAGACCGCCACCGGUACCGUCGUUGACAAGUGCAUGGGCUGCGAUGACAGCUCCAUUGAUCUGUCUCGUCACCUCUUCGGCCAGCUUGCUUCCAUGGACGCUGGUCGUGUCUCCGGUGCCAAGUGGUACAUUCACUAA